GGUUGAGAGCGCACUCUUGCUCCGCGCUCCGCCCGAGCGCACUGGCUGUCGACGAGGGGAGCGCUCAGCCCAGUUCCAGGGCAGGUAGUGAGGGGCGCUCAGCCUGGCGCGGACACAGCAAGUAAGGAGGGCGUUCAGCCCGGUGCACCAGCAGACAGGGAGUGCAGCUCAGGUUGGUACCUCUGAACACCGUAAAAGGGGAGCUCAGACCAUGCACCUGCAGACAGGCACGGGGAACAGCACGAUGCACCGGCGGGCAGUGAGAGGGGCGCUCAGCCCGGUGCACAGGCGGUAGAGGACCCUCGGCACCGUGCACCCGCAGACAGUAAGGAGAGUGCUCAGCCUCGUGCAGUGGCAGACUGUAAGGGGCGGGGAAGCUCAGCUUUAUACACUCGCAGACAAUGAGGGGGGGCCCUCGGCACCGUGCACACGCAGACGAUUGCUGAGCCUUCCUGACCCUCUUUGGCCCACCUCUGCCAGAGGCUGCGGAGCCAGACGAGGCGGGGCUGCGGACACCAAGUGGCGGGAGGCGGGGCUGGAGUCAGCCCCAGGCAGCCCGAGGAGGGGACAGCAUCGCCAAGGCACCGCGCUUCGGAGACACCUGUUGCCACCACCCUCCACCCCAUUUGGCCCGCGUGCAGAGGACUUGCUCGAACCCUAGAGGUGUGUAGAUCCUGCUCUUUCGAGGCCGGGCCCCCCCUCGACCCGGUGGUUCUGGGGGUGCAUGAGGAGGUGCUCUCUCAGCCUGCCAUGGAACGUGCCCUGCCUGACGGGGCCCUCAACGUGUCCUGGGGGCCGAGCACUGGCGAGGCGACAGCGCCCGGCUUCUCCGCCGCCUGGACCGUGGUCCUGGCUGUGCUGAUGGCGCUGCUGAUCGUGGCCACCGUGGUGGGCAACGCACUGGUCAUGCUGGCCUUCGUGGUGGACUCCAGCCUCCGCACACAGAACAACUUCUUCCUCCUCAAUUUAGCCAUCUCUGAUUUCCUAGUAGGAGCCUUUUGCAUCCCCUUGUAUGUACCCUAUGUGCUGACUGGAAAGUGGACUUUCGGGAGGAGCUUCUGCAAGUUGUGGCUGGUAGUUGACUAUCUGCUCUGCACCUCUUCAGUCUUCAACAUUGUAUUAAUCAGUUAUGAUCGGUUCCUCUCUGUUACCAGGGCGGUUGCAUAUCGUGCUCAGCAAGGCAAUACCCGGCGGGCAGUGCAGAAGAUGGUGUUGGUGUGGGUACUGGCCUUCCUGCUCUAUGGACCUGCCAUCCUGAGCUGGGAGUAUCUCUCUGGUGGAAGCAUCAUCCCAGAGGGUGAAUGUUAUGCUGAGUUUUUCUACAACUGGUACUUCCUCAUCACAGCCUCCACACUGGAGUUCUUCACACCCUUCCUCAGUGUGACCUUCUUCAACCUGAGCAUCUAUUUGAACAUCCAGAAACGAACCCGGGACCGGCUAGAUGUGGGCCGGGAGGAGCCUGGGAGGCUCUUCAAUCAUGAGUCAGAGACAAAUCCCAAGUUCUCCCUGAAGUGCUGGGAGUGGGAGCAGAAGAUGCCCCGGGAGACCUUGAACCUUCACAAGUAUGAGGCACACCCUUCAGACAAGCCAGAUGGUGCCCGGGACUCACCCACAUCCAGUUCCAACAGUUCCACCCAUGCUUCUGAAAAGCCAAGGUCUUUGAAAAGGAGCUACAAGCCCUCAGCAUCCACCUCAUCCCUGGAGAAAAGGAUGAAGAUGAUGUCACAGAGCAUCACCCAACGCUUCCGGCUGUCCAGGGACAAGAAAGUGGCCAAGUCUUUGGCAGUGAUUGUGAGCAUCUUUGGUUUAUGCUGGGCUCCCUACACCCUCCUAAUGAUCAUUCGGGCUGCCUGCCAUGGCCGCUGCAUUCCUGAUUACUGGUAUGAGACAUCCUUCUGGCUGCUCUGGGUCAACUCUGCAGUAAACCCCAUCCUUUAUCCCCUGUGCCAUUACAGUUUCCGCAGAGCUUUCAUGAAACUUCUCUGCCCCAAGAAAUUAAAAAUCCAGCCCCACAAUUCCCUGGAGCAUGGCUGGAAAUGAUUCCAAGCUAGGGGAAAGGUGGGGAAAAAUAGGGAGUGGUAAUGCUGCCAGCACUGAAGUAAUGGGUCCCUAAUUGAAGGACCUAUUUGUAGCUGGUUAGCCCUUGCAGAGGUCAGGAGAGAUGAACUACUUUCUUAUGGGGAAUGGGCAGCCUGCCUUUAUGGUUCCUUCAGCAGCAAUUCAAUGCUGCAUCCCUCAAGUCUCUGUGGGAUGGCGUGGCUUUUUUUUUGCAUGCCCCAUUUUGGUCCAUCAAAGGUUGCCCUUUGAGUCUGGUGCCAGCCAUAAAGGCUUCACACUGUCAGGAGCUGGCCCGUGGAUUCUUAUAGUCUGAGCUUAAAACAGCUGCUCCCAGGAGCACAAAUAAGAGAUGGAGAUGGCUGGGGUUAUUCUAGUGCAGAUACUCUGGGUCUCGUUGGUGUUAUUAAGCUGUCUCUCUCUUUUUAAGGUUUAUCAGGUUGGGUUUUUUUUUAAAGUGCUGUGUGUGUGUGUGUG